UGUAAAUUAGCUUUGUUAAUCGGUCACCUCAUCAUGUACCAAUCUGUAACAUUAUUGACCAAGUCCAUCAAUACAAAAUCCAAAGAGAAGGAUACAUCGUCAAAUACGCAAAAAAUCCAAACGGGACUAUUUUAUCUCGGAAAUUAUAUAAUCGAUGUAGACACAUGUUAUGUUCUAAUUUUCAUACAUAUAGCUAUAUGCGAAAUAUAUUAUGUGCUCCUAACAGCUGCAUUUGAUGUCCUGUAUGUAACAUUGGUUGAAUUCUGUUGUGGAUUAUUCGAAAGCUUGAGAUAUAGAUUAGAAAAUGCAUUUGAUUUCGAAAACAAUAAUGGUGGUUUAAUAUUAACUCAGAUUACGUCUUAUUCAAAUAUUGUAUACUGUAUUCGAAGACAUACCGAAGCGAUGCAAUUUAUUGCUAUUAUGGAAUCGAUGUACAACAUACCUUUCUUUGUACACGUGGGGUUUCUUGUAAUAUCUUUAAGCAUUGUAGAAUUUCAGAUAUAA